AUGAGUUUCCAUCUCUUCCAGAAACUGUUGAACGCCGCGAUGGAAUCACAAAAGAAGAUUCUCUAUUAUCUUUCCCCAGAGGGUAUGGGAGAGUUCAAGCCUAAUGGCAAGGUCGGUCCAGUGGUGUUGAUGGUCGUACCACAGACGAGCGAUGCCCCGCAAGUGGUGAUGGGCUACCGAUCAUUCGGGUGCGGUGAAGUCGAAUUACAAGACCUGCUGGAUCUACUGAUGGAUCCGGCCGCGAGGAAGAAGUUCGACAAUCAAACUGCCGAAGGCAGACUAUUGAGGAAGGCUAUCAUUGAUGAGCCUGAUAGAAGACUUGAUCUUCACUAUGGUGCAUUCAAAGGAAUGAUGAAUGUGGGAGGUCGAGACUGCGUGUACGCUAUUUUGCGACAGAAGAUUCGAGAUGACUUGUGGAUCGUCUCUUCAAAGUCAGUGGAACUACCAG